GGCUGGCUGAGAAAAUCGCCCCCCGAGAAGAAGUUGAGGCGCUAUUCACAGCAAAGAAUGGGUAGAGUGCACUGUGACAGGCUUGUCAGAGAGAUGCGGCUGUGGUUCUCUUCCCCACCUGCUUCUCGAGCAGGCAACCCUAGGAGCCUUUCUCUUCCUUCUCCCGCCUACUCAGCCCAUCACCAAGGCCUGGAAGAAACGCUGGUUUAUCCUGCGGAGUGGCCGGAUGAGCGGCGACCCAGAUGUUCUGGAAUACUACAAGAAUGAUCACUCCAAGAAGCCCCUGCGGAUCAUCAACCUCAACUUCUGUGAGCAGGUGGAUGCGGGCCUGACCUUCAACAAGAAGGAGCUGCAGGAUAGUUUUGUGUUUGACAUCAAGACCAGCGAGCGCACCUUUUACCUGGUGGCUGAGACAGAGGAGGACAUGAAUAAGUGGGUCCAGAGCAUCUGUCAGAUCUGUGGCUUCAAUCAGGCUGAGGAGAGCACAGACUCCCUGAGAAACAUUUCCUCAGCCAGUCAUGGUCCGCGCUCCUCUCCAGCUGAGUUCAGCAGCUCCAAUCAGCACCUUCUCCGAGAACGAAAAUCCUCAGCCCCAUCGCACUCCAGCCAGCCAACCUUGUUCACAUUCGAACCCCCCGUGUCAAACCACGUGCAGCCCCCCUUGUCCACCAGUGCACCUCAGGAGUAUCUCUACUUGCACCAGUGCAUAAGCCGGAGAGCAGAAAAUGCCAGGAGUGCCAGCUUCUCUCAGGGCACCAGGGCCUCGUUCCUCAUGAGGAGUGACACCGCCGUACAGAAACUAGCCCAGGGCAAUGGACACUGUGUCAACGGUGUCAGUGGUCAAGUCCAUGGCUUCUAUAGCCUCCCCAAGCCGAGCCGGCACAAUGCAGAAUUCAGAGACAGUACCUACGACCUUCCCCGGAGCCUGGCCUCCCACGGCCACACCGAGGGCAGCCUCACAGGCUCUGAGACCGAUAAUGAGGGCGUCUACACCUUCAAGACGCCCAGCAACACCCUGUGCCGGGAGUUUGGGGACCUCCUGGUGGACAAUAUGGAUGUUCCGACCACACCCCUCUCAGCCUACCAGAUCCCCAGGACAUUCACGCUGGACAAGAACCACAACGCCAUGGCGGUGGCCGCUCCCGGGGACUCAGCCAUCGUUCCUCCACCCAGACCCCCCAAGCCAAGCCAGGCGGACACACCUCGAUGGGGCAGCCCUCAGCAGAGACCCCCCCUCGGUGAAAGCAGCAGAUCGGUCUCUGCCGCCUCCACCAUCCCCAGGCGCAACACCCUCCCGGCCAUGGACAACAGCCGGCUCCACCGAGCUUCUUCCUGUGAGUCCUACGAGUACCCUCAGCGCGGCCGAGAGAGUGCAGGCCGGUCUGCAGAGUCCAUGAGUGACGGAGUCGGUUCUUUCCUGCCUGGGAAAACACUCUUAGGCCGAUCGGAUAGCAUCAGUUCCGAAGACAACUAUGUGCCCAUGAAUCCAGGCUCCUCCACCCUGCUGGCCAUGGAGCGAGCAGGCGAUAAUUCCCAGAGUGUCUACAUCCCCAUGAGCCCAGGGCCCCAUCACUUUGACUCGCUUGGCUACCCCUCUGCAGCCCUUCCUAUGCACCGAGGCCCCAGCCGGGGCAGUGAGAUCCAGCCACCCCCCGUCAACCGCAACCUCAAGCCUGACCGGAAAGCAAAGCCAACACCACUCGACCUGAGAAACAACACCGUCAUCGAUGAGCUCCCCUUCAAAUCGCCUGUCACCAAGUCUUGGUCGAGGGCCAUCCACACCUUCAACCCCAGCUCCUCCCAGUACUGCCGCCCCAUCUCCACACAGAGCAUCACCAGCACAGACUCAGGAGACAGUGAAGAGAACUACGUCUCUAUGCAAAACCCAGUGUCUGCAUCGCCCAUUCCCAGCGGCACCAACAGCCCAGCCCCUAAGAAGAGCACCGGCAGCGUCGAUUACCUGGCCCUGGACUUCCAGCCAAGCUCCCCAAGCCCCCACCGCAAGCCAUCCACGUCAUCCGUCACCUCUGACGAGAAGGUGGACUACGUCCAGGUGGACAAGGAGAAGACCCAGGCCCUGCAGAGCACCAUGCAGGAGUGGACAGACGUGCGGCAGUCCUCAGAGCCGUCCAAGGGCGCCAAGCUGUGACUCGGGGACCACCCGGCCUGGAGAGGGGCCCGGAGGCACCGCACGAAGCUGGCUCCUCGCUGAAUCCCCUCCUGUGCGCCCCUCCCCUCUGCCAGUCUCGCCUUCAAAGCAUUUGACAUCAGGGACCUGCCCCUUCCCCUGGGAGGCGAGGGCCUGAUCAAGGCACUGCCUCCGCCCACUGGGGCCCACCUGUGAUCUGUACCAGUCAUGGCCAUGCCUCUAUUCACCUUAGUUAGGGCUCCUGCCAAAAAGCACCCUUCAGCCUCCUGCUGCCUUUAGACCUGAGUAUCUACCAGAUGUUUGGAGGGAAGGGCUGGGGCCCUGAGCAGACUCCACCUCACCUUCGCUCGCAGCCCGGCCCCCUUCCCCAGCCCCUGGGCUACCUCCUCCACCCCGGAAGAAGCCCUCAUCUCACUGGCCAGGAAGACAAGGACCAGCAGACCAAAGUGGACAUGGACUUCCUUCCCUUCUGGCUCGGCAGGGGAGGGGCGAGGCACCAAAACGGAGGAGUCAGAAGGCAGGUCAGAGUGGUCUUGAGGGACAGAGGUUAGAGGCCUAGUGGCAGCGCGGCCGGAGCAGGGUGGGAGAGGCAGGAGGCUGAGGACCAGAGGGAGGGAAGACAGGACGAUGGGCAACCAAGAGCAAGGGCGGCUCAUAGCCCAGGAGACGGAGACACAGGGACACUGCGGUCGGGCCCUGAGACUGUGGAGCCACAGGCCCGCUCUGGGGCAGAACACCCCCAAGUUCCUGCCUCCCGAGGGGAGCCUGGGCUGGGCAGGUGCGGAGAAGGAGCGUGGGGUCACUGGAGGUGAUGCAGGGGCUGAAGGGCAGCCCUGGGACAGGAAGGAGCUGGGCAGAGGGGGGCGCAGAUGACUGAUGGGAUGC